GGAUUCAUCGACUACCGACCAAAGUGGUUGCAAGUCUUUAAUGAUCCCAAAUGGUUGCUGCUAGUCUUGAUGCUAUUUCAGCUAUCUGUUGGAAUGGCUACAGCAGGAUUUAGAACGACAGUUUUAACAUCUAUAGAGAAACGUUUUUAUUUAACAUCGCUUCACUUUGGCGUAAUAGUAGCCUUUUAUAACAUUGGUGGGGCCAUGAUCGGCUCCUUCUUAGCUUUGUUUGGUCGUCGUUGGCCAAGAUCGGUUAUAAUUGGAAGCGGUUGUUGUGUUGUUGGUAUUAGUUAUAUUCUCUUCGCCCUUCCCCAUUUCUUAGUAAGUCCUUACAAGCUACUAUUUCUUCGACAAGGAUCAUUUCCAACAUGUAAUGGUAGCCUACAUAGUCAAGCUGCAUCGGCAACUACCCAAUGCCAUGAUAGCAUUCGUCGAUAUAGGGCUUUUAUGCCGUUAUUUAUCAUUUCUCAAUUUCUAGCUGGUUGUGGCGCCUCUACAUUAUGGACAACAGCUUGGGACUACAUUGAAGAAAAUGUAAGCCCAACUGCCUCUUCCAUCUAUACCAGUAGUGUUAUGCUAUUUUCUGGAUUAGGUCCAACUAUUGGCUUCAUUCUCGGUGCUUUCUUCGUUAGAACUCCUGUCGAUUGGCCUGAAGUUUCAAAUGAAGCCAUCGCUAUUGAUAAUCCUGAUUGGAUUGGUGCUUGGUGGUUAGGAUUUAUAACUGUUGGUUUCUUCUUGGUUAUUAUUUCACUAACCAUUAUCCUCUUUCCUUCAUUUUUGGCAAAAUACGAUUAUUAUAAAUCGCGAUUAAAUGGUGUCCAUACCACCGAUAAUAUUACAGAUUAUACGCAUUUUACGAUGCUAAUAGGGCAAUUUCUAAAGAACAAAGCAUUAAUGUACCUCAUGCUCGGACUUACUGUUCAAAGCAUUGGUUUAUCGGGUUUCGCUACAUUCUUAACUAAAUACUUCCAGGUUAAUUAUGAUCUUGAUCCAUUUUUAGCUAGUUUCAUUGGUCUAUUGACCGUUGUAGUUGGCUUUGGUGGAGCUGUGUUCCUGGGAAAUAUUGUCACAAGUGCUAGCAAAAUUAGCAUAGCUACCAUUAGCCGUUUCGUAACGGUAUCCUCUAUACUGGGGAUUGUCACAUGUAUGACAUUUUUAUUUGCAUGUCCAACUUCUCGAAUAGCUGGUAUUAAUAUCGAUUACCACGGUAAUUUUUCGCAGAGUCCAACAAUUCUUACAGCUGAUUGCAAUGUGGACUGUCAUUGUCAGCAGCAGAGUUUCCUGCCAAUUUGUGAUUUAAAUACGAAUAUUACUUACUAUUCUCCCUGUUAUGGUGGCUGUAAAAUAGCGUCUAAUAAUCAAGGAAGUGUAAGCAAAAACGAUCUUACCUGCAAAUGCUUCAAUUCUAUAAAAGCACAUCGUUUUGUAUCCAGAAAGUGUCAACAAGGGUGCAAACUUUUUGUUCCAUUUUUACUAGGUUUUAUUACCUUGAUCUUUUUGACUACCUUGUGUAUUAUUCCUUCGUCACAAGCUAUGAUCAGGUGUGUACCACAAAAGCAACGAUUUGCCGUUCUAUCUGCCAAUUGGCUUGUUGUUCGUUUACUUGGUGCAGUACCUGGUUCUAUUAUAGCUGGAUUAAUAUUAGAUUCUUCAUGUAUAAUUUGGAAAACGGAGUGUGGACAAAGUGGCCAUUGUCUUCAAUAUGAUACAAGUAAAUUGAGCGUGAUCAUGACGGUCUUCACUUGUACAUUGAAAAUAAUAUCAACAGUAUUU